AUGGAGAGUAAACAACGUCAUGAUUCACUAGCGUCCAGCGUCAGUACCAGCGAAACUGAUCUCCUCAGCGACAUGAUCCCAUAUCGAUGUCCAAAGUGUGGAAAUCAGCGCAAAUUCGCUGCUCUGAGAAACUUGAAACACCAUCUUGAUGAAGAGCAUUCGUUUAAAAUGGGCUGUGUGAAACCUCGCUCCAGGAAUAAGGUGUUUAAUCACAGGAUGGUUACCGAGAAACCGAAGGUAACCACAGGGAAAUAUAUUAAAACUAAAUAUGGUGGAACAUUUUCUCCAAGAUCAUCAGACUCUGAUGAAAAUUAUGGAUCAAUGUUGAAGUAUUAUGAAGAUGAGGCGAAAAUUCUUGAAAGGAAAGUAAAAAUGGCAAAAGAAACAGAAAUAAAAAACAAACUUAAUAGAAACAUAAUGCCGAACUCAAAGAAACAUCAUCCCCCUGAUAUUUCAUCUGCAAGGGGAGAUAACCUUAAGGAAAGUUUCGCGAAUGUAAAUAACCAGUUGCUAAGGUCACGACACAAAGAGUGGAAGGCCUCAGAAGCCCGUUAUCAGACUGAGGACGUCAUACAAGGUGUCGAGAAAGCGGCCGAGAACAGGUGCCUCGACCAACAGGUCGUCAUCCGUGACCUUGUCAAUGACCUUAGACAGAAAGAAGGUCAAUUGAACCGUGCUAACACUGACCUUGACAAAGUACGACGUGAGAGAGAGGCUCUGAUGUUGGAGGUUGAAGAUCUGUUUUCUGAGGCAAAUACGGGAAAUACUGUCUUGCGGGAGGAGCUCGGAAGACGGGAACACAUGUUAGGUGACAUGAACAGACAGCUUGAUACAUUAAGAGCCAGGGCACGACAUGACCUUGAUCGCAAAGAGGAUGAAUUGGUCGCAGCUGAGAGUCGAGUGGAAGGUCUUGAGAAGGAAAGAGAGCACUUGGUUCAGGGAACAAACGCACUGUUAGAAAAGGCUGAUAAAGACCGUGCUGCUUUACAGCACACCGUUCAGACAAAGGAAAGACAACUCCGACAUGUCAAUAAGGAUCUCGAAAAACUCAAAAUGGAGCAGGGUGACUUGGUCCAGGAAAGCAUUCAUCUGUACGAAAAAGCCAACGAAGGGACGGCUAAACUGAAGCACCUCGUACAAGCAAAAGACAACCAACUCCAAGAAGCUUAUCAUGAACUUGAGGGUAUGAAUAAGGUCCACGAAAAACUAAUUUGGCAGUCCAAGGCACUCACAGAACAAGCAGAUAGCAACAACCAAACACUCACAGAAAUGCUGCAAAGCAAGGAAGAGGAAUUGGAGAGUGCCAAACAAAACCUUUCCAAGCUCAAAGAAAGCAAUAUGGCCGCUUUUCAUGUUGUUUUGGCUGACAAGGAGGCAGAGCUAGCACAGGCAAGAAAUGAACUGACCAAGGUCAAGGCUGAAAAGGAUACCAUUUUAGAGAGUGUCAAUGACCUGACACAGAAAGCCAGUAAUCAAGGUAACACGAUGGCUGGCCUGCAGAAUCUGGUACAGGAAAAGGAGCAGAAACUUCAAGAGAAAGAGAGAGACAUUGAUUCCUUGAAGAGGUUUCUGAGUUCAGCUGCCGAGAAGGAGGUUGUCGCUCGGAGUAAACUUGAGAAGUUCAUCAGUGGCCUGAUAAAUCGAGCCGAUAAGGCCGAAAGUGAGCUUCACAAACUUAAAACUAGGUCAGUGUCCGAGGUUGACCUUUCGAGGUCCCACACGCUCGGUGAUGUGUCUGACGCUAUGGAGUCGGACCUUGAUGGUCAGUGGUCAUCUCAGCAAAGUCGGAAGGUCAGGGCAAGGUCACAGGAUUCAAGGUUGAAAUCAGCUGACUACAGCAAAUUAUCUUCAAGGCCUGAUUCGACAGAUCGUCAUACCCUUGAUGUUACUCAGGAAAGGCCAGGCCCAAAUGCAGUCAGCAUAGAUACAAGUAAACCUCGUUCUGGCGAAAACGUGAAACCAUGGCAAAAGAUUUUGCGAAAGAAUUGUUUGAGUGAUACAAACAGCACCGACGACUCUGAGCUGGAAAGUUUGAAUUCUGAACUAGAAGUCAACCUAAGUGUUGUUUCGGACAGACAUCAGAACUUUCACUCCAGACAACAUGAUAACCUGCAUGCAAAGAAAAGACAUCUCAAAAAGACUGCGUCUCUUGACAAAGCCUUGUUAUCACAGGAACAAAACACAGAAGUAGACCAAUCAAAUCAUCUGUCUCAUUUAACAAGGCCAAUAAAGCAUCGAGAUGAUAACAAUAUUCGAAGUUCUGUUACAGUAGAUCAUUCAGGUUCCCAAGACGGCUCUGUACCAAAUAAGUUUGAGACUAUGGCAGCUAAGAGAAAUCAUGGUGUUUUUCAUUUUGGCCAGACCAAUAAUGAUAGUGGUGUUAGCCAUAACCCGUUGGGAGUUUCAUUUCCCCGUCAUGGUAACCAGAAUUUAUCACACAACGUUUUACAUUCCAACAAACCAACCAAGACGAAUACAAGGAUUUUAAAUCAAUUUCCUCCACAAACACAACUAAAUCAAACUAUACCCUUUUCUGAGUAUGCAACGUCACAGACUAUCAAUGCCAAACCGCAGCAUAUAACAAGAUCAACUUUAGUUACGAACGUGCCUGACCAGACAACCAUCGCCAUGGUUCAUCCCCCUCCACAACAAAUGGUUCCGGGAAGGGUGUCCACACGGAGAAACUUUGCACCGAGAACUAAGAGUGAAUCUGAUUUAAAACAAACAAUUAACGCAGAACGAAGUCAUCAGUUAAAUCAACAGCUGAUGGACUCUUAUUUAACCGAACAGCCCCUUGACUCAAACUUUCAGGAAUAUCACCAACAUUACCCCGAGCAAUCCUUUCCCCAAACAGUACCUCAGACUCGGAAUGUCUCGGUGCCUCAGAACCGACAUAGAGAUAUACCAAGUUACAACACAGAUGUAUCAUCCUCACAAAGGUUCCAAAUUCGACCAUUCCAACUUGCAAAAGGUCAGGAAUAUCAAGAGGCGGAUGUUUCAUACUCACAAAGAUACCCCAUUGGACCAUUCACACAGGUCAAAGGUCAAGGACAUCUAGAGACAGAUGUUUCAUCCUCACAAAGGAACCCCAUUGGACCAUUCACGCAGGUCAAAGAUCAAAACUGUCUGGAGACAGAUAUUUCAUCCUCACAAAGGUUUCCUUUAGCCCCAAUAUCUAGAGAGAAAAUUGUACUUCCAAGAAGUAUAUUGUCCCCUGAAAGACGGGAAUUAAUAAAUAAUAAUGUACCAUUAGAAAAUUUGUCGAACAGACCUUCAGAAGAUAUAAGGCAUUCAAGUGACAUUCAAGUAAAACAGGGUCACUUGGUAAGGCCAAACAGCAUGCAUGGAACCCAAAGUAAUGUUACAGGACCAAAUGAAUUCCAACCAGGACAAGGUCAUUCAGUAGGACGUGAUCGAGUUCAGCUAGGUCAGAGUCAUUAUGUUAGAACAGACGGAGCUCAGCAAACGCAAGGUCAUUUGGCAAUAUCAAAUACUGUUCAACAAAGCCAAAGUAAAUUGGUUAACAAUGAAUGUCCAAUAAUGGGACAGCCCAAUGGUUAUAAAGGUCGUCAACAGGACGCUCGUGUUAUGUACAUUCCGGUUGACUCGAAGACCGGUCGGCCAGUGUAUUUAACAGGUCAACCUAACGCUCCUCUAUAUGGGACACCAGGAAUUCCUCAGACACCAGGAGUACCAACUAAUUAUGAAGAUGGAGCAAUAGGAAUUCCUUCACAAGGAGAUCAAGCGAAGAGAGGCGGAAUGACGGUCAACCCUCAACUUGCACAUUCUUCAUAUGCAACAAGAGACAUAGCUCCAUCCACAAGACAUCAGGACCAAUCACAGAACUUUGUUACCAGUCAACCUUCGCCUGUAAAUAGAGUAGAUGCCGGUAGUGAUUAUCCCGUUCUGACAACAGAACACAAGUUUAUUCCUACUCAUCAGACAGCACGAAAAGAACCAAGUGAUAAACUAGGAGUAUCAAAGUCCUCUUCCUCCUCCGUCGUCGAUGGCAACGGUGACCAUGAAAACUCGCUUUCAGAUGUUAUGUCCCUCGUUGACUAUGAGGAUGACAUGGAUGAACCUGAUGAUGUUGAGAGUGCUACCUUUGAACAAUUCAUGGAUGAGAAUGGUAUUUUAUGGGAGUCGUCAGAUACUUUUAAGGAUCAUUUAACCCCUGAUUCUCUGAAUCAAAGAAAGUCAGGCACUACCCGAAAGAUAGAUCGAGAUAGUCAGGUAGCAAGGGAGUCGGAAGUGGCUCGGCCUCAUUUUCAGAGGGUGAGUUUGUCAGGAAGGCUUAAUUCGAGCCAAAGAGAUCAAGCAAGAAGGUCAAAGAGUGCAGAACCUAUCCCAUAUGAUAGACAAGAAUGUGGUGUUAGAAACAGGUCAAUGUCGCCAAGGGUAAGAUUUAGUGACCAACAACAAUACUGGCCUUUUUCUGAAGAUAAUACAAGCCAUAGGUCAUCCAGUCAAAGGUCAAAGUUUCAAAGGACUGGUAAAAAUCAUACUCAAAGAUCAUUGUGUUCACAAUCUGAAGAGGAAGUUCUUGAAAGAUCAUUUUGUUCAGUUAUAGAAGAUAGACCAAAUUUCGAAGAACUUUGGUUAAAGGAUGUAUCUGUUGGCACGGAUACUCCAAGUAUAGAGAAUUAUGUCCCUUUACCCACACGAUCGACUAAACUGGCGUUAAGGCAGAAAAUGGAUGAACAACCAAUUUUACCAGAGAAACAAACCACGGGUGGUAGUAGCCCUUGCUUUGUUAAGAAAAAGGAUCAAAGCUGUCAGCCUCUCAAAGAAUCUUCCACUCAGACAUGGCUGCUGGACUGUCCACUCAGUUUAGAUGACCUUGGUUCAGUCAGUCAGAGGUCAAGUUUUGUCAGACCUAAUAGAGCUUCCAAAUCCGAUUCAAUCAGUUGUGAUUCUAUGGCCCGUGUUAUUCCUCCAGUUAAGAGACUAGAGGGGAAAGAAGCAGACAAUGAUACUAUUGCUGGAAACUCGCAUACAACAUCUGCGUCAACAAACCGUGCUGCGCAAAUGUCACCCUGUCAUGCUAUUGGUCAAAGGUCUGAAGUGCAAAGUGAAAAUAUCUCCUCCCACGACACAAGAUUCGAAGGCGAGGACUUGAUAAUUGACCGAAAUGUAGACUCAACAUUUAAUAAUGAAGGGAAAGGCUUCCCUUCAAAGACAAAAUAUGAAGAAAAGAACAAAACCUAUCAGUCCCAAGAUUCAAGAUGCGGAGGAAACAGAGAUGACAGGCCAUCGAAUUUGCUAUAUAUCGACGCUGGUGGAAGGGACCAAUCCCUAGACUCUCGAGAUAUAAAUGGCCAUUCACCUAACUCAAAAUGUAGGAGAGACGACAGAAUUGACCAGUCCCCAGACUCAGGAUAUAGAUAUGACCAGUCCCAAGAAUUAAGACAUAGAAAUGACCAGUCCCCAGAAUUAAGACAUAGAAAUGACCGGUCCCCAGACACAAGACAUAGAUAUGACCAGUCCCCAAACUCAAGAUAUCGAAAUGACCGGUCCCCAGAAUUAAGACAUAGAAGUGACCGGCCCCCAGACACAAGAUAUAUAUAUGACCAGUCCCCAGAAUCAAGAUAUAGAAAUGACCAAUCCCCGGACACAAGAUAUAGAUAUGACCAGUCCUCAGAAUCAAAAUAUAGAAAUGACCAGUCCCCACACUCAAAAUAUAGUAGGGAAGACAGAACUGACCAGUCCCUAGACUCUAUCAAUAGACAUGGCCAGUCCCCAAAAUCAAAAUGUAUAAGAGGGGGACGAAAUGACCAGUCAAAACAUUCGAGAUAUACAGAAGACAGAACUGACCAGUUUCCAAAUUCAAAAUAUAGAAAUGACCAGUCCCCGAACUCAAAAUAUAGGAAAGACGAAGAUAGUCAGUUUCGGGACUCUAGGUAUAAUAAUGACCACCACCCUGUCAAACAUGAUAGGUAUAGAAAAGAUGGCAAAAGAUAUGACCAUUCUCAAACCUUAGAAUACAAAACAACUGGCAGGAAAGACUAUUCAGAUGAGUGCGAUGAUUCACAAGAUGACUGGACAGAUCAUGAUAAUAAGAAUAGUAUUCAACGUGUUCACAAACGAGGAGGAUAUUAUUCAAAUACUAAUGAUGAGGAUGAUGACAUUGAUUUGACAGGGAGAGCUAGAAAAAAAGAUAGAUCAUAUAAUAGAAAAUCCCCUUCGAGAAAUUCCAGAUCUUCAAGUUCAGAAUCUGACAGCCACGACAGUGGACAUAGGAGGAGGUCAGAAAAGUUUCGACAUAAGAAGAGGUCAGAUAAAUCUAGCAGUUUAGAGAGACAAUCCUCCAUAAAAGAAGCAUCCCAAUGCCCACAUCAGGACGAUUUAUCCGCUUCAAUAGGAAAUUCAGAGAGUUUGAACCCGGAAUUGAAACCAAUAGCACCGACGGAUUAUGACCAGCAAAAUACUUCUAAAGUGUCUCCAAUAGCAUCGCCUGACGACGGAGUAAAGAUAAAUUCGGAGGAUUCUAAAGACCUCGAUGUAUCAAUUCAAAAUCAGAACAAGGUUAUUUCAGAAAUGUCCGAACUUAAUGCUAAUGACAGUUCCGAAAGGGAAACUAAAUCUCCUGCGUGUAACACCGCUCAGAUUUUAGAAAAUUCACCUGACGGGGUGCAGCAUGAAUCUAAAAUCGAUGCUACUGACAUUCUAUUGGUUGCGGGGAUUGGCGGCCAGCAGCAUCAACCUACCGAAGAUACAGAGGCAGAACAAAUGGCUCAUAGAAAGGAUGAUCACGUUGUCAUGGAUACAGACGAUCAGUAUUCCCUUUACAGCAUUGGCAGUUCAUCACUAUCCCGGACUUCGUCACAAGAAUCCCUGUUAGAGAGUCUUCCGAAAUCCAGACGGGAGGCAGUCCGGCAGCGAAGGACGUCCCUUUAUCUGGUAUUCCGUUACCUUGACACCAAGUCACUGGGGCGUGUCGCGGGUGUGUGUCGCGAAUGGAAGAAGGUCAGUCGGCAGUCUGCUCUGUGGAAACGAGUCCACCUCACGCACACAAGAUUUACUUCAAAAGCUCUUCAGACCUUGGCCCGUUGGUGUACACAGCUAGAAAGUCUUCAUCUGGAAGAUAUUUAUACGAGGAAACAGUUGGAACUUGAGAGUGAUGAAGACUUCGCUCAAGCUGUUAGAGCAUCACUUGAAGGCGGAUUGGAAUGUUUACUACAAGUAUCAGAGUCAAGUCUCAAAUCCAUUAUCAUCAUCAACUGUCCGCACAUACUCACAGACAAAUGUAUGUGGUUAGCCAGUUGCUAUAGCAGAAUGUUACAAAACGUUUGUUACCAUAGCAACACUCAUAUUUUGGGUGCUGAUGUGUUGUGGGCUUUAGGAGCUGGGUGUGGACUCAUACGAUCUUUAGACAUUGCUCCCCUGUACCCAUGUGUGAGCACAGAAAAGUUUACUAAUAAAUGCCUACAGAUAAUUUCCCAGUUUUUACCGGAGUUGGAUCGCCUGUGUAUUGGAGGCCAGCAGUUAGAUGUUAACGGAUUCGUACUGAUAGCGCAAUCUUGCCAGCGUUUGUACUGUCUAUCCCUGCAUGGCUGUGUGGAUAUUGAGGAGGAUGUCGCCCUAGCGAUGUGUCGAAAGGGACUCAAGAACCUGCGCUCGCUGGACUUCAAUCACACUCCUGUCACAGACAAGGCUUUGCUGCACUUUUACAGUUCCUGUAAACACUUGAAGUCCAUACACGUCUCCUUCUGUACGGAGGAUGUCAGUAAAGACCCAGAGUUGAAGGACACCACGGAAAACUUCAACAAGCGAAUAAAGGCCUUGGAGAAGUUGAAAAAGAAGGGAGGACUGUGGAAUAUUCUUAAGCUGGAUGUUCAAAGAGUGAAUGACUAAGAACCGUUGGAGUUCGGAUGCCUUUAAGUGCAAUUAUGGUGUUUUCUUUUUAACAGAUUUCUCUAAAACACUACAGUUCUUGCCAUGGUAAUUUCAUUAUAUUCGUGAUACGAUAUUUAUAUCUAGCUUGAUAAUUGUUUGGAACUGACAACUUUGGGAUUACUGCAGGUUCUAUAUACAUUCACCGUACCUGGAAAGUUCCCGAGUAACAUCUCUUUUUACCAUCAUAAAACAAGGUUUUCAAUUGUGUUUUUUUAUGUAUCAAAAUCUUUCAACUGAACAUUUUAAUAUAUAUUUAUGAAUGUCUGACUGCAACGAUUACAUUAUAUAUUUCUUCAAAAUGAUGGCUUAUUUUUUAGCUAGGCUUACUUUCAUGAAUAUUGACUCAUUAAGGUAGCAGAGCAGAGCUGAGAGUUGAAAUAUAAUAACGUAGAAUAUCUUUUAAGAACAAAUUCAAAUGAUUGAUUAGAAUUCACUAUCAAUUUAUAUACAUGUAUUUUAUAUCUAAAAAUCAACACUGCAAAAUAAAACCAGUGAUUAGAUUUCUCUGACAAACAUAUAUAUGCAAGACAUGAAGUCAUAUUCAUGUGUGACGUCACAAAGUUUAACGUUACGCCAAAUUAAUGACAUGCCAUACUGACCGUGAAAUAGCAUCAAUCAACGAGACAUGAUUAGCGAAAAUAAAUAAUAUAUAUAUAAAUAACGCAGCAAGAUGGAUUAAAACAUAUAGAAACAACAAAGUAAAUAUACGCACGAUUUAAACCAUAAAGUUCUUAUCAAUAUAUUCAUGCAUACCAUGAAAAUCCAAAAACUAUUAUAAACAUUCAUAUAAUUUCUUAUAUUUAUCAUGAUAAAAGUCAUUCCGUCUUCCAAUGUUAGGAUUCAUAACUUAUGGUAAUAGCUUUAUCCAAUCUGUCAACAACUUUACACAUGAUUUGUAUCAAAUAAAAAAAUACAUAUGUUGAAUAAGAUUCUUACUUAUCGUUGAUAAUAUUUCUCUCUUCAUUUCAACUCGCCUUUUGGCUUUGUUGUUGAGCGUUCAAAUAAGCGAGGAAGGUUAUGGGUUCUGUCCCCUGACAGAGACAGCUUAGAUGGAUGUUGGUAAUGACUGGUUAGCCCGUUGUCAGUAUAAUGUGAGCGGGUGGAGUGUCAGAUUACCGUAACAUUUCAUUGAAAUGUCACUUGAGAGUGGCCCAUGUUGAAAGUCGACCCGAUGUACGAAUAACACGGCGUCCAUUGUUACAUCACCAUAUCACAAGUAAUUACUGUAGUAUUAAUUUUAUGGAAGAUAUGAAUUUUGAAAUCGUUUAUUAAAAUUGAAGAGGUGGCAAAGACAAGCACUGGUAUUUGUAGUUCUGUGAAUUGCAGUUUGAUUCUGUUUGACGUCAUGACAACAGUCGUCAAGGCCAUGGGGUUAUUUUAAUAUAUGCCAAUGAUGUUAACAAAUGAUGUCCAUGAAGUAAAUGUUAAUGAAAAGAUUUGUCCUCUUUACUGGUAG